CGGUGCAACAGGUCCAAACCGAAAUCUGAAUCUUCAAAUCUCCGAUGCUAGUCGAGCGUAGUCGGCCAUCGCUUGACGAACGGUUGCAAAUUUUCGCGCGGGCUCGCGAUUUAUAUUCAACGUAUAUCUCAUUCUUUUCCCGUAUAAGGAUUAUAUUCUUCUUACUCAGUCCUUUUGCACUUCAUUUGGGUUAUUUUGUUUGUCUUUGAAUUCAAGGAUUUAACGGUUAUUUCAAAAAUAAAAUCAACACGGGUCGACAUGCAAACAAUGCCGGCCUCAGAGGGAAAAGCAUCCGGACGCUUGUCCAAAUUCAAGAACAACAGCAGGCAUGAAGAUGUUCGAAGGAGGAGGAACGAGGUUUCGGUUGAGCUGCGUAAGGCUAAAAGAGAUGAUCAGCUAUUGAAACGUCGGAACAUCAGUGUUGGAUCUGAGCCGCAGAGCCCCCCAGGGGAUAAUGAGACUGCGGUUCAAAUCAACAUGAGUAUUGAAGAAAUUAUUGCUGGCAUGAAUUCUAGCGAUGAGCCUAUUCAACUUCAGGCUACGCAGGCUUGUCGCAAGAUGUUGAGCAGAGAGAAAAAGCCUCCAAUUGACAACAUGAUUCGCCAAGGCAUUGUUCCACGUUGCAUCGAAUUCCUUAGCUAUGAUCACAAUCCGGCUCUUCAAUUUGAGGCUGCCUGGGCCUUAACCAAUGUGGCUUCAGGUACAUCAGAGCAAACUAACGUAGUAAUCAAACACGGCGCAAUUCCUCGUCUAACUGCCUUGCUCAAAUCUCCAUCUCUAAAUGUGGCCGAGCAGGCAGUUUGGGCACUAGGAAAUAUCGCCGGUGACGGACAUGUCGCCCGUGAUCUGGUUCUAGCUCACAGAGCUCUCCCAUCGCUUCUGGAAUUAGUGAAGCCUGAUACUCAAGUAACAUUUGUUCGCAACAUUGUUUGGACAUUGUCGAAUUUAUGCCGCAACAAAAAUCCACCACCAGACUUCGAAAAUAUCAAAGCUUGUCUGCCAGUCUUAAAUCGUCUCCUUAGCUAUCCAGAUGACGAUAUACUAGCUGAUGCGUGUUGGGCCCUUUCUUAUAUGACCGAUGGCUCAAACGACAAGAUAGAAGCUGUCGUUGAAUCUGGAGUUGUCCCAAAGCUGGUUGAACUGCUAGCCUCCCCUACAAUAAGUGUGCUUACUCCUGCGCUCAGAGCAGUUGGAAAUAUUGUCACAGGCAAUGAUGUUCAGACAGAUGCGAUAAUUGCAGCAGGAGGAUUGCAACACUUAGCCAUGUUGUUGCAACACAAACGAAUGAACAUCAUGAAAGAAGCUGCAUGGACAAUUAGCAACAUCACUGCAGGAAACUCUGAUCAAAUUCAACACGUUAUCAAUGCCGGCCUACUACCUCCCCUUUUACAAGUUCUUCAAUUUGGUGACUUCAAGUCUCAAAAAGAGGCUGCUUGGGCCGUAACAAACUUGACUUCAGGGGGCUCAAUACAGCAACUUGCGCUGCUUGUACAGCUUGGAGUCUUGACACCCUUCUGUACGCUUUUGGAGGCCAAGGAUUGGAAGACUGUGCUUGUUGUUUUGGAUGGCUUGAAAAACCUUCUCAAUGCUGCUCAGAAAAUGGGUGAAGUCGACCGUGUCGCCAUUUUAAUUGAAGAAGUUGGGGGUCUUGAUAAACUGGAAGCUCUUCAACACCAUGAAAACGUACAAGUUUAUCAGCAGGCCAUGGUUCUGAUUGAUACAUUCUUUUCAGAAGGGGAAGCCGAAGAUACGAGUGUUGCACCGACAACAACAAAUGGGCAGUUAGAAUUUCAAGCCACAGACCUGAAUCCGCAGGGAGGUUUCCAAUUUUAAAGAUAUGUUCCUUUUUAUAAACAAAAACUUCAUUCUGCGUCUGGGAAACCAUUUGAUAUUUGUAAAUAUUUACAGUCAUUUUCAGUAAUACACACAUAAGAAAAACCGUAUUGAUAAUUCAUCAUUCAAACAUAUUUAGUACUGAGUCUUCAAUCAAUGCCUUAAUUGAGUUAUAGAAAAAGAUUUUUAUACAGUAGAAGAAAUUGAACACACCUGUAAUUGAUUAGUAAAACUUUUGAAGAAAUAUUUUAUUUAAAUUUCAAUUUCCGAAGACUCGUGCCUUAUUCCAUGUAAGCGUUAAUCUAAGUGUAUCAUAUUAUCUGAACUGAAUAAUAUUUAGAACCUUGAUAUGUAAGAUCAUGUUUUACGAACUAUAAGUAUUCUAUUUUAGUUUUAUGGUGAGUUAACAAAAUGUGGUUCCAAAUUUUUCCUUUUUUCUGUUCUCCCAUUAUCUUAUACAAUAAAAUUUUUUAUACAAAAUA